GUUCCGACCAGAAAAAAAUAAGAAGAAGAAAUAUUCACCUCGGACCAAAACUAAUAGCAACUAUAGAACUGUUCUAUUCCAAUCUCCAAGAUCUGAACAAGUCUCUGUCGGUAAUGAGAUAACUGGCCUACCACAAACCGGAAAUAGAAGGAACACAUGACUUUAGAAUAAAAAUGAAACAUGAAUUCCAGCCAACGACCCUCAUAUAAUAACCGUUCUCUUCCGGAAGAGCAUGAAGACGAACAAGUUUGGACGGAUGAUCAAUCCAACGUAUCAUCAGACUGCAGUCACAGCAGCUGUGAUUCUCGUACACACGAGUGGAGUCCAUUCAUCGAUGGUAGUACGUUGCUCUACAUCAAAUUUGAUUUAGUUUAUCACGCAAAGCCAAUUGUCUUUGACGAUGAUCUGUUUUUCCGCAAUGAAUACAAACGUCUGUCGAUCAGGAAAAAAGAAAAUAUUCUUUCUAAAUUUGGACACAGAGAGAAAAAUAAACACAAAAUGUUCAAGGUAAGCAUCAUUGACACGAUGAAAAAGGAGCAACUAAAUGGACUAAACAAGGAAAUUAUAAUCAGCAUUGCACCGAAAAAGAAUAUAGUUCUUAAAGAUGUACUACCGCUUUCUGACACUAUUCUUGGAAUUACCACAUCGUUAUUUCCAGACGGUAGAAAACUAAUGGUUGAUAAGAUAAAAGAUUUUUCUGUGUUCCAUCGUGCUAAACUGGUAAAAUCUAAAGACUGGAUCAAGAGCAUUGAUGCUGAGGCCGUGACAGUAGACAAUCUGGAAUCUUUACUUGAAGGAUCUACUAAAAUUCCUACGAUAAUUAAAAUCACCUUCUUUGAAAUGAUUGAGCAUGACAUCUCGAAUGCCAUUGAAAUCAAAAUAACGAAUCUUAUGGAUCUCAUACAAAGCCAGGAAACAUUAUUUAAUAAGGACGAUAUUCAAACGAUGAGCAGUAAUGAUUUGAUUUUUAGUAUGAUCUAUAUUUCAAAGGAGUACACGCAAAACGAUGAAUUAGAUGUAAAAUUCUGUUAUCCUACCAGAGAGAACAAUUUACUUUUUAAUUCAAAGGGAAGUUUUGUAACUCUUCAUUCGAUUUUUAGCUCAACCUUUGCGACUAGGACUGAAAUGACUAACUUAAAAGUGCGCAACGUUCUUUAUUAUACUACGUAUAACUAUUUCGAAGAUGGUAUUUUGUUGUUUGGUUUUAAUUCAAAGUAUUCUGCACUUUUUUCGGUAAAACAAAAAAGUGAGCAAAUUUGUCGAUUACUAAGUAUUUUAUAUUCCGACAGCUCAUCAGUUUUCAAUUAUCCGGUUGAACAGCAAACCGAGCUAAUGCAACUUUGUGAAUUAAUACGUCAUUCUAUAAAAACCAACCGAAGUAUUGAUAAGUUUGAAAAAACAUUCCUCGCGCCGCAUUUUGUGCCUUUGCCAAAAGAAAUGCAGUUGCGCAUUGAUGAUGCUCUGGGAGAGCUUGAAGCAAUGGAUUAUCGCAACUGGAACGACGAAUUAGUAGACUUAUUCUGUGAUGUUACAAUAAUUGGGUGCUGUUUGUACUAUAAUCAAUAUCUUGUUUGUUCUCAUUUAAAUGGUUCAUAUCUGAAAGAUAUAGAAUCAUUGUUGAAGAACUUUGGUAUUUUUGAAGUUAUAUGCACAACUAAUAUUAAAAAUCUUGCCUUUUGGCGUAAAUUUUAUCCCCGCGAUUAUUGCGAGUGUAAGUUUAAUGAGUCUAACGAUGCCUAUUUUUUACUAGUUUCUAUUGGACAUUUAUUAAUGGUCGUCAUUUUAGAAGUUCCCAUAGAUACAAACCAUAACAGAUCACUUUCACGUUACGUAGAAGAGAUACAGGACAUGCUAGAGUAUUUCAAAUCAACUGGAAUCGAGCACCUUGUGCGAAUAUGGAUAGAUUCAAAUAGGCGACCUCAAUGCAUAUCAUCAUUACUAUCCAAACAAGAAUGUCAAACAACAGAGGAACGAUCUACGUUCCGUAGCCACGAUGAGGAAUCGAACGCUUCGAGCUCAAUAAAAAAUCAUGCCUUGAAGGAUGAUGGGGAUAAUGAACACGAUGAUGACGACGAUUCAGAUUGGGGCCAGAGUAUUGAUAGUAGUCAACAAAGUAGUAGUUUCGAUAUAAAUGAAAUUUCGGAAAAUCGUUGUAAGGAAUUUUCAGAGUUGAUUCCAAGUAGGCUAACAUUUGGUACCGAAAAUCUUCUGUAUUACUUUGUACAGAUGGAAAUGGGUGACGGAUUUUUUCUAGCUCCUGUCCUUAGUACAGGCCAGGUAAAACACGAUAUUAUCAUGAAUACAUUUCGAAAAACAUGUACCCUGAUACAUAAUACUCUUCAAAAUACAAAAAAAUUUCGUGAUCUAUUGUCUAAUGAUUCGAAGAUUGGCUAUAAUCACCGAUCUUUAGUUGCAGUCAAGGAGCAAGGAAUGUUAAUGUCGGUACCAAAGGAGUCAAAUCCAAAUGAAAGGAUUGAGUUUUGGGUGCUAGGAAGACUUUUUAAUACUCCUUCCCGAGAAUUAUAUGUGUGUCAUCGUGCAGAUGCUCCACAAAAUAUGGUUGAGCUAGCUUUUCGAAUUUGCCUCACUUGUGCAGGUUGAAUGUGCUCGUAAUUCUAGGUAUAACAAAUUUGGAAAAAAAUACAACUUCAAAAGCUUACGAGUAAGAAUCCGAUUUUGGAAAAAAUGCGCACUAUAUAUUUUUGACUUAAGUUUAUACAAGAUUUAUACAAACCUAAAUAUAUGAUACUAAAACUAUACUAAAACCAGAUGAGCGAAAAAUCAUCUAAUCCGCAUCAAACUUAAUGGUAGAAGACAGAAUUCAGCGUAGCAAUUCUAAUCAAAAUGCUCCAAAUCAUAAUGUGAAACAAAGGUGAAUAAUAUUAAUACGACGUAUUGUUGAUGUAGGAGUCCUACGAUAGAACUACGUGUUUGUAUUAUGUUAGUCAUUAACAAAUUUGCAUUUGAAAUGUUAUUUUUUACCUAAAGUAUUUUUUACAAUGACCAGCCUAACUUUGAUGUUGUUUUUGAAGGAACGACGACAGAAAUAUAGAAUAGUUGAGCAAACCUCUUCUUGAUUGAAAAAAAAAACAAUGUUUGAAAAGUAUAACAUUCGUAACGAUUAGUUUAUUGAACAUAUCUAUGAAGGCACUUAAAAUUAACUAUGAUGUAUUUUGGGUUUAGGUAUAGAUUCAGUUGCUACAUCUGACAUUGAAAAUUUGCCGCAUUAUUGGCAAUAUUGUCCAUUCCCAACAGCUGUCACAGUGUAAAAUAUCUAUUAAAACAUUAGUGGACUUGCCACGAGCGACAAAUUUGGCAAAACAUUUUAAUACAUAUAUUAUAGUUCUGCUCUGAAUUGUCUUAUCCAUGGAAGAGCUAUCUUUUGUCGUGAAAGCUUUGCCACACUGUAGUCGUAGAUUUAUUUUAAUGUAUAGGUGCAAAAACUACUUGAACUGGAAUUAUACAAACAUGAUAGAGAAACAUUUUACCAUUGCCACCAUGAUUGUAAAAUAUUGUCAAAAGCGUUUGUUUCGAAAGACGUGAUAUGUGAUGAUUUAAUCAUUAAUCACGUUCUGUGAUGACUUGUUUCGUUGAUAAAAUUAUCGUGAUGAUACUUUUCGAUAUGUUCAGCUAUAUAAAUCACGUAUAUUAACGGAAUUAUAAAACACAAUGCAAGGAUA